AUGAAGUGGUACAGACCGAAAGAAAUGAAGAAGCAGAAAAAGUGGCUCAAAGUCAUGAUGAUCGCGCUCGUCGUCGUCGAGAUCGCAGUGCUCAGCGGCGCCGGCACCGCACUCGUCAUCACCGAAAUCGAUUCGGAGGAUGGCGUCUGGUUCGUGCCGACGCUCAUCGUUUCGCACGCAGUCCUCGUCGUCGUCGAGACGUUCCGAAGCGCUCGAGUGCUCAAAAUAAUGACGAUCGAUCGUCUGAAGGCGUGGAAACGUCUGCUACCAUUCAACAUCCUCCGCUUCUCGGUUCUUCUCCUUCAAAUCGUCGUGCUCAUCAUAAAACUCGCGGAGCCAGUGUGGAUCCGAGUUGUGGCCGCCGUCUCGAUCGCCGUCUUCCACGUCGUCGUCAUGAUCGGUAAAUCGGUGCCAUCGUCCAUAUUGACUGUGUUUUUUUGUUUUUCAGCGCAAAAAGCGGAAAAGACGUUCCUCGUAAAGCCGCUGAUUAGAGGAAUGAACGCGCAGCAAGUGCCCGAUAUUGUUCACUUCUCGGUCCCCGAGAGUUGGAUGUAA